AUCGAUGGGGUCGAUACCUCCGAGAUGACUCGAGAAAAACUUGAGCAGUUUGUGCUCAAAGUAAAAGAAGAAUUGGAUAAGGAAAGAGAAGAACGAAAUUACUUUCAAUUAGAAAGGGAUAAAAUUCGAACGUUCUGGGAGAUAACAAGACAACAACUUGAUGAAGCGAAAGCUGAACUCAGAAAUAGAGAAAGAGCAACUGAAGAAGCCCAAGAAGAGAAUGAGGCGCUGUUAGAAACUGAGAAGCAGAAGAUAAAACAUCUGAAAUAUGAACAACAAGCCGCUGCCGCUGCUUUAAGGGCUGAAAACUUAGUCGCGCUUAAAGCAGCCCUCGAAGAACAUGCAGAACAGGAGCUUGAAUUACUUAAUGACAAAAGAAACUUGAGACAGGAAAUUCGAGAAAAAAUCAUUGCUGCCCAAGAUGAAUUGCGAAGAGCCAAACUUAUUCAUGCGGAAGAAAUAUCCAAAAUAAGAGAAGAAUUUGAGGAGAAAGCUCGACAAAUUGAAGAGAAAGCCGAAAAAAAGCUUUACGAAACUAAAACAGAACUGACUAUUAAGCACAGAACAGAGAUAGCGCAAGUCGAGGAACGUAAAAACAAGCAAAUUUCUGACUUGAUUUCCCACCAUGACAGGUCGUUUGCCGAUUUAAAAAACUAUUACAAUGACAUAACAUUAAAUAAUCUAGGUCUAAUAAGUAGUUUAAAGCAUCAAAUGGAGGAAAUGCAGAAAGUGAAAGAAAGGGCUGAAAAAAUUGCCAGAGAUGCUGUUUGGGAAGCAAAGGGUCUCCGUGAACCCUUAGAAAUUGCUAUCGCUGAGAAUAAGGAACUAAAGCGACAGAUGUCUAACUACGACAGAGAUAAAGCGGCUUUAGCUGCUAAAUCAAAACUGCUGUUGUCGUUAGAGAAACAGUUUGAAAUGUUGAAAUGGGAGUAUGAAGUGCUGCAAGUGCGUUUUGAUCGCGUUCUUAGUGAGAGAAACGAGUUGAAAUCCAGAUUUUCAAGAGCAGUUUUAGAGGUGCAACAACGAUCUACCCUAAAGACGGCUUUGCUUGAAGCCAAAGUGAAGCAAUUGGAGAUUAAAGACCUGGGUCCCCGAGAAUUGACCGACCUCCUUAAACUCAAGGAGACUCAGGUAGAAGAUCUUCGAUACGAAGCUGCACGGCUUCGCAAAGCUCAUGAUGAUCUGUUGGCUACUUAUGAGGCUAAACUUGCUAAGCUUGGAAUACCGGCCGAAGAACUUGGUUUCAAGCCUCUGAGAGCUGUAGCCGUAGCAGGAUUGUCACCAGUGGUUGGUCAGGGACCUGCUUCGUUAGUGACUGAAGAUCCUGUGUAA